CCUAAAGUUCUAAUUUCAAAAAUCACACCGCCUCUCGCAGUCCCUCCCUCCCCUGCGAAUCUGCGAGCAGCUUCAGCCGACGACGAAGACGGAAGAUUCCUCCUCCCCUGCGACUGCCGAUAAGGUCUUACUUCCAAAUUCAAGAUAAAAGCAUGCCAAAGGUGAAGACAAACCGUGUCAGGUACCCAGAGGGAUGGGAAUUGAUUGAGCCUACUCUAAAUGAACUACAAGCCAAGAUGAGAGAAGCGGAGAAUGACCCGCAUGAUGGGAAAAGAAAGUGUGAGGCUUUGUGGCCUAUCUUUAAAAUUUGUCAUCAGAAGAGCCGCUACAUUUUCGACCUUUACCACAGGAGGAAGGAGAUCUCUAAGGAAUUAUUUGAGUUCUGCUUGGAUCAGGGUUAUGCAGACCGUAAUUUAAUCGCGAAGUGGAAAAAGCCUGGCUAUGAAAGGCUGUGUUGUUUGAGGUGCAUGCAACCUCGGGAUCACAACUUCCAAACCACAUGUGUUUGCAGAGUCCCUAAGCAUCUAAGGGAAGAGAAGGUUAUAGAAUGUGUGCAUUGCGGUUGCAAAGGUUGUGCUAGUGGAGAUUGAUUGAGUGCUUCUUUCUUAUUGAGUGAGUAAUCCAGUGCUUCUUUAUCUGCUACCUGACUAUGCCAACCUUCAGUUAAGCCAAUGUUGAAACUGUAACUUGUUUAUUGCAACUCGAUCUGCACUAUUAUAUUACUGUAUUUCUGUGUCUAAAGAUGUUUAUUACGGAGUAUAACUUAUGAAAAUAUGGGAAGUGUUAAUUCCACUUUAGGCCCUUCAAGUAGCCGGCCUUCUGUCUCA